AUGACGACCCGAAAUCCGAUGGAGCCUGCAGCUCCAAUCACGCUGCCGCCCGGGUCCAGGCGGCAUCGCGUCCAGCGGUCGCUGACGGAUGUCAUCUUGACCAACAAACUCCACCGCGCGAGGACGCUGGAUGAUGCCGAUAUACCGUCGACACAGACGAUGCGGCGCUCGAUAGACGUACCGCGGUCGGAGGCCGUGACCCCGAUCCUCAGCCCGAUCCAGAGCCGGCGAGCGAGCCUGUUGUCGCCGUCCCUGGGCGAGGACAAGCUGGACUUGAUACGGGGCGUCAAGGAGAAGGAGAAGCUCCAGGGCGAGCAAGAGAAGAAGAAGGAGAAGAAGGAGAAGCUCUCUCCCAACACCGACGGUUUAAAGCAGUCUGUCGUCGACCUCCACAACUUCUCGGCCGAAGUCUCUCAGCAAGUAGAGCAGAUUCACCAUGUACUGCUGGAAAAGACGAACGGCCUGCAGGUCAUGGUCAAGGCCCUAAAGGAUCUUGCGCAGGCGUCGUGUGACCUCCAGGUGGGAUUUGACAGGGCGGCGCGAGAGCUUGAAACGGACAUUACAAAUCAGAUAUACAACAUCGGGCACUUUGAUUCACAGAAGUCCACCAUCGAUGCUCUACAGAGUCGCGUCAACGAGGGAAGGCAAAGCGUCAACGAGCUGGCAGCGCGAGUGGAUAAGGUCCGAAAACUCGUCGAGGGCUGGGAGCGCGCAGAUAGGGCGUGGCAGGAGAAAACGCGCAAACGGCUGAGAAUCACCUGGGCGGCGCUAUCUCUUGUUAUUUGCCUCGUUACCCUCCUCUUUAUGAUUUUCAACUACAGUUCCCAGAACGCUGAACUGAACACUGAGCCGGCUGCUCGGGGCGUGUGGAGAAAUACCACGCCGGAGCUUGAGAUACAUCAUGACGCCAGGCAGAGUCUUCCCACAAGCAGGAGCAACGACAGGUCAGAGGCAAAGCUGGCAUGGGAAGCACCACUAGCGGACGAGGAGCCAUUGCGCAUAUUCGACGAACUGUAA